AUGAUAAAAGAUUCAGAACGAUUUGCUGAAGAGGAUAAAAAAGUUAAAUAUCGUGUUGAUGCUAAAAAUGAACUUGAAUCAUAUGUAUAUUCAUUAAAAAUCGAAAUAGCUGAUAAAGAUAAAUCCGGGGGUAAAUUAUCAUCGGAAGAAAAAUUCACAAUUGAAAAAGAAAUUGAUGAAAAAAUCAAAUGGCUCGAUGAAAAUCAAGCAACUGCUCAAGUCAAUGACUUUGAAACACAAAAGAAAAUCAUUGAAAAUGUCGUUACACCAAUUAUGGCGAAACUUUAUCCAGAACAACAAUCACUACCUAGCAGUGAUAUUCCAGCAACUGGUGAUGAAGCAAAUAAAUGUGAAUUGUAA